CAAAGGAAAUACUGCCUGCAGGCUCUGCAGUCACCAAGCAAUGCUGGGUGUCACGACCGCCAAGAAGUUGGAUCUAUCCAAGCUCACUGAUGAGGAAGCCAGUCAUGUAUGGCAGGUUGUCCAGCGAGACUUCCACCUGAGGAAGAAAGAGGAAGACAGGCUUGGGGAUCUUAAGACCAAGAUUAAGAGGGAAGACUCAAAGAAAGAGUUUUUGGGUCAUCAGACUUGGCUGACCGAGUCUUACUGUAUCCGCUGUCUGAAACCCUUCAAGUUCCUGGUGAACAGCAAGCGCCAGUGUCUGGACUGUCAGCUGUACGUCUGCAAGGCCUGCAGUCGUUACAAUAUGAGACAGCAUGGCUUUGUCUGUGAUCCCUGUCACAUGACCAGGGUCCUCAAGAUUGGUACACUAGAAUGGUAUCAUGAGAAUGUACGUUCACGCUUUAAGCGCUUCGGGAGUGCCAAGGUGAUGCGAUCACUCUUCAAGAGACUGACUGGGAAACACACAUACUCUUCCGAUGAUGAUGAUGAUGAUGAUGAACAACCUGGAUUUGAAAACAGUCGCAUGGACGCCACUGAUUCACACCACUAUAAUCAGAUGAAAAAAACCAAAAGGCGUCUAACUGUUGACCCUGUUGAUUUUCAUCUGGCAUCUGACAUCAACUCAAGACGACAAACUCAUCAGACAAGAGGUUCUCAGGACAUGAUGAUGAUAAAUGUUGGUGAAAGGGAGUCGAUGCUUGCAGAGGCUGACAUGGCCUCUGGUUUCCAUCACGAUUUGAAGGAGCAAAGCAAAAGUCUGGAUUUCAAUGUGGAUGUUGGAUGUGAUCACGGCUUGACCCCACAACAAGAUGACGCUGUGUACUCCGACCACCCGACUGUUCCGUCUCGCUCCAUGUCCCGGCUCAGCUACUCUUCAUGUGGCAGUGGGAGUGCUGGAGGACCUUGGGGCCCCACUUGCUAUGCUUUAGGUCCUGAUGACUCAGAAGAGGACCCAGUCUUCAAGUCUCAUUUCAAUCACAUUUCCCAGGAGAGCCUCAACUACCCAAACUCCCCACCGCAGAUCGUUGACCUGGACAGACGAAUGUCAGCUAUAGAGACCCUUUUAAACCACUUGCAGAUUACUUUGACCUCCAAUCAGACUAACAAAUCUCCUCAGAUUCCAGACAAAGCAUCUCCUCCUCACGGGUGGGAGGAGGUGGAUAUCGAGGAACAUCAACUUAGACAAAAACUGAAUGAGAUGGCGGGUGACAUAAGUGAUCAUAGCCUGAGUUCUGACGAAGAAGAGGCGUCCAACCUUUCAGUCUCCCUCCAAGAGAUGGCAGCAGCAGUAGCAGCCAUUCAAGACGGAGAUAAAACGCUCACCAGAACACCUUCCAGACCCACUUCAAGAGCACUCACUGCGGUUCCCAGAUUGACAGAACUGAACCCUCAACCGUCAAAUUCUGACAAGAGAAACUCUUCAAUAGAAAGCAUGGACAAUCGGUACCACCUUCACGAGGAGGAGUCAGGUUUCAAAGGUUCAACAGCUUUACUGUUUGAACUGGAGGACAAGAUAGCCCAAGCUGCUGCUGAUGUUCAAAAUACCCAAACUCAGGUGUCUUAUAUUGAGAAUAGGAUUGCUGCUCUGAACACUGCUGGCAUGCCGGUGGAGAAAAGGCUGAAGUCUGGAAUCAUGAACCAAACCAGAAGACUUUCCCAAAACUUUCCCCCAAAAAGCAGUCAAGAAACAGGAUUCAUAAGGAGGAGACUGAGCCUGAAGUGAGACUGGAACAAUUCCUCAUUCAUCAUCGACGCAUCAUUGUUACCCGAAUGGGUGGAUUUCCUGAAGAGCCUUUCCCUUUGACAUGUAUAAGACAGUGUCUCGUAAAUUUAUGACUUUAUUCUCGUAAUAUUAUGACU